GAGGGAGGGGGCGGUGGCUGUUGUGGUGUCAGCCCGUCGUCGCGACCUGCCGGGGCUGCCUUGUCUUGUUUUUCUCUUUUACAGACCUCGCAGCGCCCAGAAGCGAGCGUGGCCCCUUCGUGACGGCGAACAGGACUCCUAAAGCUGUCGCAGUGCCCUCAGAUAAUGUUUUGGAAACCUCCCGCGGGUGUCUGUGCCCCACGGAGUGGGAGCUCCCGUGGCAGUUAAGGAUUUCUUGACAAUUUGCUUGGUCUGUCAUUCCACCAGAAGAGAACUGGAUGCAGCUCUUCCAGCCUUGCCGUUGCACAACGAUUAAGUGGAUUGUCAAGUUGGCUUGAAAAAAAAAAAAACUAGCAGCAGAAGAUGUUUCAUAUUGUAAAGUAUCAGCCUAUGAGACUGAUAGCCCAAAGCAGUCUUUCUGGCAUGUGUUUAAAACUGAUGUUUUCAAGACCUGUAGCAUUUGCACAGAUAUGGAAGUCGUGGUUCUCAAGCCAUUCUCUUGUUGGAAACAAAAAUAUUAUCCUGAUGGGACCUCCGGGUGCUGGGAAAACAACAGUUGGGAGAAUAGUAGGUCAGAAACUGGAUUGCCCUGUCAUAGAUAUAGAUGAUGAUGUCCUUGAAACAACCUGGAAUAUGAGCGUGUCGGAAAAGCUGCAGGAUGUUGGUAAUGAGCAAUUUUUAGAGGAGGAAGGAAAAGCCCUGUUGAAGUUUUCAGCAUCUGGAAGUGUCAUUUCCCUUACUGGGUCCAAUCCGAUGCAUGCUGCUGGCAUGCAGCAUGUGAAGAAAAAUGGAAUAGUUGUGUAUCUGGAUGUGCCCACAGCAGUCAUAAUGAGCAGGCUGAAGUCGAUGAAGGUGGAUCGCAUUGUGGGCCAGGGGCCUGACACUUCCCUCAAGGACAUCCUUCAGUUUAGGAAGCAGUUCUACAAAAGGUGGUACGACAUCCGCGUUCUUUGUGGAGGGGAUGUGGCAGCAGAGGUUGUGGCAGAAAAGGUACUUGAUGCUGUGAAGAGAUACCAAAACUCGGAACUGGAAACUUACAUUUCAACUAGGUCUAGUAAGUCUGGAAGGAGCACACCAAAAGACACUGACAAGUAUUUCAGUGACGUUGUUAUUGAGGGCUUAGCCCCCGAUGGAGGACUCUUCGUUCCUGAGAGAGGACUUCCAAAAUUCACUGCCGAAGAGUGGCAAAGCCUAAUAGAAGCAACGUAUGCUGAAAGAGCCCAGGUGGUACUUGAGAGAUGCAUACAUCCUGCUGAUAUUCCUGCAUCGAAACUGCAAGAAAUUAUUGGCACUGCUUAUGGAGAAAACUUCUCUUGUUCUAAAAUUGCCCCAGUUAGGCAUUUGACAGGCAAUCAGUUUCUCCUUGAGUUAUUUCAUGGACCAACAGCUUCAUUUAAAGAUUUUGCCUUACAGAUGAUGCCACACAUAUUUGCAUACUGCAUUCCCAGGAGCUGCAAUUACUUGGUUCUGGUAGCUACUUCUGGUGACACAGGGAGCGCUGUCCUGGAUGGCUUCAGUCGUCUCCAUGACACUGACAAACAGAGAAUUGCUGUCAUGAGUUUUUUUCCCGAGGAUGGAGUAAGCCCCAUUCAAAAAUCACAGAUGAUUGGCUGUCAGAAGGAAAACGCCUGGUCCAUAGGCGUCAAAUCCGAUUUUGAUUUUUGCCAGACAGCUAUAAAACAGAUCUUUACCAAUUCUGAUUACACUGGCUUUCUUACGGUAGAAUACGGCACAGCUUUAGCAGCAGCAAACUCCAUAAACUGGGCACGACUGCUUCCUCAGAUAGUUUAUCAUGCCUCUGCAUACCUUGAUCUUGUUCAGCAAGGUAUUAUUCCUUUUGGAAGUCCUGUAGAUGUUUGCAUUCCUACAGGGAACUUUGGCAACAUAUUAGCUGCUUUGUAUGCUAAAAUCAUGGGAAUCCCUAUUAGAAAAUGCAUUUGUGCUUCCAAUGAAAACAACGUUUUGACUGACUUUGUACAAACGGGUAGCUAUGAUUUGAGGGGAAGAAAGUUAGUUCCCACUUUCUCACCAGCAGUAGAUAUUUUGAAGUCCUCUAAUCUUGAGCGGUACUUGCACCUGAUUGCUGAUGGUGAUGGACAACUUGUGACACAAUUGUACACCCAGCUGGAAAAUCAGGGCCACUUUCAGCUGCGGAAGGAUCUACUUGAAAAGCUUCAGCAGGACUUGGUGGCUGGCUGGUGCUCUGAGGAUGACUGCCUCGCUGCCAUUCACUCAGUGUACAGCACCACGGGAUAUAUUUUGGAUACACACACAGCUGUUGCUAAAGUAGUUGCAGAUCGAUUACAAGACAGAACUUGCCCAAUUAUUAUUUCAUCUACAGCUCAUUAUUCAAAGUUUGCACCUGCUAUCUUGAGGGCCUUGAGGAUUGCAGAAAUAAAACAGAACCCAUUAAGUCAGCUUCACUUGCUGAGUUCUUACAGCCCCCUGCCUCCAGUCCACUGGGGCCUAUUAGAGACGCUGAAAAAGAAUGAGAAUGAGGAUCACCAGGUCUGUGCUGCUGAUCUGAGUGUGCUAAUGUCCCGUAUAGAAGCCUUAAUUCAAAAUCAUUUUAUGAAAGUUUUCUGAGCAACUUCUCAGACAUCCAUUGUGUCAGCUGUGUGCUUUAACCAUCCGCAUGCUUUAGUAAAGACACAAUUCAUCUGGCCUGUGUCCAGGCCACAGCGUAACAUCUGCAGGGUUAUAUUCAAUUGUCUUCAGCAGCAUUUGUAAGUAAUGCAUGUGAGAUUUGUAAUAGUGCUGAAGGGCUCUGAACUGAGAGGACAGAAGCCUGGAGUACUCUUUUGCAGGCUGUGCGUACUUGAGACAGCAGCUGUGCAGGCUUUCUUGGCAGUGCUGUCCCCUUCACCAGCCUGAAGUAUUCUCCCCUGAUGGAGGAAGGUAAUGAAGUCUGACCUUUCUGAAACAAAUAGCUGCCGUUUUGUUGCAAGAAUGGUGUGAUCACUUGGCCAGGGGGUGAUUGGUUAAACUCUCACUUCACUUAGGGUACUGAAACAUAAUAUGAUAGUGAUGGUGCUCAAAUAUUACUAAUGAGGGUUGAUUUCACUAUGAAGAUUAAAGUAUACUUGUGUUAUUAAUCCUUGAACUAGCAAUUGGGUGGUAUGCUAUCUUCUUAUACAGUGUGUUUUUGUGUGUGUGUGUUGUGAGGCCAACAUUUAUGCUAAAAUCUGGUUAUUUGGUUUUUCAGAUAGUAAAUAUUUUCCUGUAUAAAAUAGAAUCCUUCAUUCAAUAUUUACAGUUUUUGAGAUGUGACUCUUCCUCCAGUGUACUGUAGUCUUUCCUAGAUCUCUUUUAUUGCAAUUUUCAACUUCUGAAUACUCUUUUAAUAUUGUAAUUUGUUAGCAUUAGCCUCAGUCUCCUUAAAUAUUAUCCAAACCUAAGUAUUUAUUUACAUUUAUUUCUUGUAUUCUAUUUUUUAUCUUAGAGGCCAUGUAGCUCUCUUACUCUAAUUACCUCUGUUAUCAAUUUUUUUUUAGAGUAAUUUCAUUGCCAUUCAAUUCAUGCAAAGCAUGAAUUACAUUAAGAAGGAAGCUUCUCAGAGUUCUUGAUAUCUCAUUGAGGAAAAGCAAAGGAUGAAUUUCAAUGUCUGGCUAGUGUGAUAGCAUCAGAGGUAUUCAUUGUGAAACCUGAAAUAGAUCAGUGCUACCAAUCUGUUUUUGCUAAUAACGGGCUCUUUAUUUAUUUAUUUAUCAGAAAACAUAGAGCAGGUUGUCUUAGGAGAUCAUGUGGUUAUGAGCAAACUUAAUCUGUUUACUGGAGAUUAUAUUUCACAAGGGUUUAAAAUAUAACUAGAUUUCACAGUACGAGAAAUGAUAAAAUGAUGCAUUGGCAAGUUUUGAAAUGUUACCCAGUUACAGGUAAGAAGGUAAAAGUUCUGAGAUGUGAGGACGUACAGCUAUGGGAGGCUGUCGUUCCCACCAAGAUGCAAAAAGAGAAAGGUAUUGGCAAGAGAGAUGGUAAUUGGUAAUGUUUUUGCCUCUUUGAGAGUCAACAUCUCAGAGAUGUCAGAACUCAUUAGGGGCUUUGAUCAGUUGCCAAAAUACAGAGACAAGAUAAUGCUAAUAGAAUCAUUCCAUUCCCUUCCCUUGUGUGACUGCUUGUACUUUUCGUCACAUUAGAGGUGAAGAAAACACUAUCCUGCAAACUACUUGAAAAAAUUCUCAGUUUAUGUAAAGUGUUUCAGCGUAAGCUAAAAGACCCAAGCAUGAAUCUACGAUGUGUGUUUGCCCCAGUGAGUAUGUUAUAUAAUAAAGUUGUAUGUAGCUGAUAAAGGCGUGACACA